ACAUCGAGAGUUAGAAGCCUGGGGGGAUUGCGGUGACCUUGCAGUGUUUGUAAACAGACACACGCUGGUACACGUUGAUGUCGGAAGAAACAUUAAAAAAAUUUACUACAAAGUUGAUCGAUUAAGUCAAGAUUGAUACCUAUAUUAUUGAGGAAGUGGAAUAUCGGAUUAAUACAAAUAAUCCAAGAGUGAAGAGAAAAAGAGUUGUGAGUCGAGUGAGGAAGGAAGAUAUAGAAAUUCGUUCGAGGAGGAACAUGGAAGUGGAGCCGAUGUGUAUAGUAGAAAACGAGACGGCGGGAUCUCGCGGUGAUCGGAAAGAGGGGGGCAAGAGGGGACGUAAGCCUGGAAGGAAGGCGUCCGACAAGGUGGACAUGAAAACCAAGCUCGAACGAAGUCGACAGAGUGCGAGGGAGUGCCGUGCUCGAAAAAAAUUGAGAUAUCAGUACCUGGAAGAACUUGUGGCUGACAGAGAAAAGGCUGUCUUAGCUCUAAGAAAGGAGCUCGAAAUGUAUCGUCAAUGGGGACACGAAUUGGAUCACGGACGUAUUCCCGAAGGACUACACACUAUGUUGGAGCAAUUGGGAAGUCUUAAGAAAGAGAAAAGCAACAGUUAAAUCAGCAUAGAAGAUUCAUUAUUUUCGAACGAAUGUUCGAAAAGACUUUGUCACGUUUCAUUUCCUUAUUUCAUUUUUUUUUUUAUAUUUUCGUAUCACCGAUCGUAGUAGCCGAGUUUAUAUGAAUAUUAUUUUGUACUUUUCUUUUCUUUUUGACGAAUUUUCUAAUUCAACGAUACAAGUUGAUUUUAAAUCCGUGCCUUACUAUUACUAUUAUUCUUGAAUCUGUUCAAUGAACAUUUUGUUUUCAUCGGAUUUUAAGUUUUAUCUUUCAACGACUCAAAGGUUAUGCCUCCUUCUAGUUUUUCUAGUAAAUAUGUUGUUUUAUUUUUUUUUUCCUCAUCAUAAAAUCAUCCCUCGACGUUAAGUGAUAUGGGGUGGGACCGACGAAAAUCCCCUUAAGUCGGUGAGAAUUACCGUAGAUAAUUUUGUUUUGCUUUAUACGAAUUUUGACGAAUAAUGAAAUUGUUUGAGUUCUUAUUUGCUCGGUUACUACGUUCGUCUUAUCCCAUUUUCCGCAAAGAAAGGAAACGUUGUUGUUAAGUUUCUUUUUUUGGUUUACUUCAAUCCCUAUCAUUACAAUUCCCCCCCCCCCCGUCCCAGCCCUUUUUUUCCCUACCUUUUACUCGUUUACUUCUUUCUCUCAUCUCGUCGUAUGAAGAAAAAGUUGUCGUGAUAGUUGCAGUACUAGCAACCUUUCGUUGUUUCGUCGCACGUGCGGUUUCUUCUUUAUUACGUGACGUGCAAUCGAAAUUUGUUGCGUUGUUUUUUUACUUAUUCGUUAAAAUGAAGUUUUUUCUCUUUAUUCUCUUUAUUCUACUUUUAACCUUUUGAUGAUUGAACAAUUUUUUUUAUAAUAUCAUUGUUAAAGGGUAAAGAUAUGGUGACGACGACGACAACUACCGAUUUCUAAAUACUACACAUAAAACCACGUACGUUCUCGUAAAAAUGAUUUUUUAUCGUUCGUUGAACGAAAAAUACAAGAAAAGAUAAAAAUAUAUUUUUACGAUAAUCCUUGAAAUUGUAUAAAUAUAAAUAUAAAUAUAUUAAUAAUACGAUUUUGGAUAUUGUAAGAUGGCGUAACAUAGAAUUUUGAGUUCGUUGAUUGUAACGGAUAAGAAAAAAGAAAA